ACCCUGGCUCACCAAAUCCUGCUGACCACUGGGUAUAAAAGCGUGUCCUUGGUCAGUUUUUGGCAACUACCUGCACAGCCUUCACGCCUACAAUAUGGACGGAUACCGGAAAAUCUGUAUUAUUGUGCUGUGCUUUACAGCCGUUAAUGAGGUAACCUCAACGAUCAAAGAGAGCUUCAACAUACCCGAAAAGAUCAUCGGUGGAGUGAUAGACAUCGUCCAGAGCCAUAAAAACAAGCCUAUACAUGGCCAGCAGCAAACCUACCCGCCACCCCAGCAGUACCCACAGUACCAGCAAUGGAAUAGUCAAUCCAGCUACCAGGGUCAAGGAUUCCAACCACAACCGCAAUUCCAAGGCCAACAGUUUCAAAAUCAAGGACAGUAUACCAAUUUCCCUCAAAGUGGCAACAGUAAUUUUCCUCAAGGAUCUAAUAACAAUUUUCCUCAAACUAGUAACAAUAAUUUCCCCCAAACUGGUAACAACAAUUUUCCUCAAGGCAGUGGCAAUAAUUUCCCUCAGGGAAGUAACAACAAUUUUCCUCAAGGUGGUAACAGUUUCCCCCAAAAUGGUAACAAUUUUGGCAGCGGUAGCAGCAGCAAUUUCGGAAACACCCAAGGUUACCCUGCUGGAUCAGGACAGUCAUUCAAUCAAGGACAAAGCCAAGGGCAGUAUCAAGGAGCUUACCAAAACCCCAAUCAGAUUAGCCAGCCUGGUAACCAACCUACCCAGUAUCCAAACACACAGUCUGGUUACUACACUCAAAGUCAGUCCAACAAUCAAUACCAGGGUACCAAUACAGGAACUGGCCAAUACACUGGACAGCCAGGAUUCGUUGGCCAAGGAAAUGUGUCUGGUCAGACUAGCCAAGGGUUGUAUAUAAAUGGCGUCCCUCAAGCUGGUCAAGGUAGCCAAGGACCAACUUGUGUGUGCCAGGCUUGGACCAAGCCUCCGCAACAAAAUCAACAAGAGAUCUACGCAGAUACCCCUGUCACAGAGAAGAAUGAUAGGAAAGAUGAAUCGGUUAAGGAAAGAAUGAUGUGACAGUUUCGUAGAUUUAAGAAAUUAUUUAAGUAUUUAUUUAUUUAUUUCUAGAAAGUAAGGAUACUUAUUAGUUAAGUAAUUAGAUAAUGAAAGAAGUGAAAUAGCGAGGCAUGUUAAUAUU